CAGUUUCAGAUAUUAAAAUCUCAAUCUCAGCAGUUCAGAGUUCUUAGCGUGUAAACAGUUUUGUCCUCGGGCUGCAGUUUUAGAUUUUUAGCUCCCCUUCCAACGCUUCUGAAAGUUCUCUGAUCUAAGCCGCCGCCGUUGCCAUGGGUGAUUGGGCAAAUCUGCUUCCUGAUGUUUUGCUGGAAAUCACUACGCAUCUAACGUCGUACAAGGAUUUUGUUGCUUUUGCUUCGGUUUGUUCCUCAUGGCGAUCUGUUGCAAUUAUGGAAAAGCCGAGAUUUUUAUUUAAAUUCACUCCAUUGCUGAUGCUAGCACCAGAGAAGCCCACCGAUCAACGCGGGUUUUACAGUUUUUUGGCGGAUUUAACUCGGUACUUUAUUUUACCUGAAGCUAAUUCAAGAAGAUGUUUAUCUUCAAGGGGCUGGCUUCUAACAAUCGCCGAAGCAGAUUUGAGUAUGGCUCUUUUGCAUCCUUUUUCACGGUUUGAAAUUAAAUUGCCUCAUCCCAAGACUUUCAGAUACUGGGAAUCUUUUUCUCGAGAUGUUGAGCCGACUGAACUGCAUGUACUUUCUAUCGCUAAAUUUGUCUUAGCAUCCAAUCCCAUGUGCACAUCAGAUUACGUGGUGAUGGUUCUUUGUGGAGCUGGCGGAGAUAUUGCAUAUUGUAAACCCGGUGAUAAAUCAUGGAUCCGAAUUGAGUCUAGUGUGUACAAUUAUGAUAUCACAUAUUAUAAAGGGUUAUAUUAUUGCAUUAACGAUAAAGGUCAAAUAAUGCUGUGCGAUCUCACCAAAAAAGUUUCAGUAGAAGUUGCACAAAUGCCACAUCGAAAGUCUCUGCAAUCGGUUUUGUACAUAAUGGAAUCGGCAGGAACAUUGAUUGUGGUUGAACGAACGAUAUACGAAGAAGAACGUGAAGAGGGGAGUUAUGGAACUAUAGGAUUUAAGGUUUUCCAAGUGGAUUUGGGAAAUAAUAAUUGGACUGAGGUAAAAGAUUUGGGUAAUAGAGCGCUGUUUCUGGGUUAUAAUUCUUCAUUCUCCGUGGCGGCCCUUUAUUGCAAAGCUAAUUGUAUAUAUUUUACUGAUGAUUGCUCCGAAACUUAUCUUGAUGAAGAAUUUCACCCCAAGGGAGGAGGGAAGGAUAUAGGAAUAUAUAACAUCUUAGAUGGUAGCAUUGAGUCAUGUUUCCAUUUCGAAGGUAACUCAUUCAGCUUUGUUAAUCCCCCUAUGUGGAUUCAACAAUUUUAGGUUCAACUUUAGUUUUUCUGGGUUGAAUAAAGUUUGUCUUAGAGUAUAUGAAUUUCUAUUUAUUGUUUAUUUCAAACUACCCUAGGUACUAUUAUUAAUUUUAUGUUUUAUGUUUCUCUUUAUUUGGGAGAAAUAGUUUGUUUUAUGUUCUAUGGAUUUAUAUUUUUGUUUCUCUUUA